AUUGGUGAAUUAUUUAAUCCAAUGUCAAUUAUUCUGACUCACACUCACGCGGAGACACGAACUAAAACUGUGAAUUCUAGACUCCCAAACUUAUUAUCAACUAAGCAAAUUAAUUUUUUUAGUGUUUGUAUACGUCUCCUGUUAGCCGUACUCACAUGAAAAAAAUAAAGGUUUAUAACCUGGGAUCAGAUUGAGUAUGUUUUGCAGAACUAGAAAAACCUUAAGAAAUAUCAGUAAACUAACCUGUGACCUUUGCUAUGGCAUCAAUAAGCAUUCCUUUCUAUCUGUGUCUGCUUGCUAUCUGUGCCAAAUUCGCCCCUCAACUGGCCUAUGACAUGCCAAGGCCUAUCUUCUUUCUUGGAGAUUCCACAGCUGAUGUUGGAACUAAUAAUCUUUUGCAUGGAAGCAAGUUAACGGCCAACUUCCUCCCCAACGGUGUUGACUUCCCCCGCUCACAGCCGACUGGGAGGUUCAGCAAUGGGUUCAACACCGCCGAUGAACUUGCCAAACUUUUCGGGUUGAAGAGAAGUCCACCGCCUUACCUGUUUCUGCUUACGCUAGGAUCCCAUCAGUUCAAAAGGCGUGUUCUCAGAGGUGCAAACUUUGCCUCGGGAGGGGCUGGAAUUCUAGAUAAAACUAACUCAGACAAGACUGUUAUGCCAUUAUCGGAACAGAUCAAUCAGUUCACUUCACUGCACGGUAAUUUUACUGCUAUGAUGGGAGCGCCUAAGACUGAAGCAAUGCUCAAUAAGUCUUUGUUCUUCAUCAGUAUUGGGAGCAAUGAUAUCUUGAACUACUCACCAAGAGAAGAUGGAACAGGAGAUGCGUUUAUUUCCCUUCUGAUAGCAACAUAUUCCAAACACAUCACAACGUUGUAUGAAAUGGGAGCAAGAAGAUUUGGCAUCAUAAGUAUUCCACCUGUGGGUUGCUGUCCGCAUUCAAGACUGAAGCAGUUCAAGAAGAACGGAUCCACUUCUUGCGACUCUACCAUGAAUGAUCUGGCUCGGGCAUUCCACUCAGCACUCAACACCCUUUUGCUUCAUAUCAGCUCGAAGCUUCUGGGAAUGAAGUACUCUCUCGGAAACACAUACCAAAUGACUUAUGAUAUUAUCAAUAGAAAAUCCUUUGGAUUUCAUGACGUGGAAUCAGCAUGCUGCGGACAUGGAAACUUAAACGCUCAAGGCCCUUGUAAUUCAACAGCAUUGAGUUGUCCUGACCGCCUGAAGUAUUUGUUCUGGGACAUGUACCACCCAACACAGGUAGCCUCCACUAUGGAAGCUGUAGCACUUUAUCUGGGGCCAUUUUACGUAUCACCAAUUAGUUUUGGUCAACUGGCAGGGGAUAAUUAG